AAGUGUGAGCGCAGCAGCACCUUCAUUUGAAUCAAAUCUUUCACACGUAUUCUUCAAUUGGCUGCUAUUUGGUCAUCGGGUAGUGUUCUUCACUUCUUACACCAUGCGUUGUUCUAGGAAUAAAAUUCGAUUUCCAUCGCCCGAAUGUGGCAGGGCCAAACCUGUCCCCGUAAAAUCACUCGGUUGCCGCACCCUGCCAGAAUGAAUUCCGGCGCACACAAUGGCGUAUCAAAUUCCCCCCAAAUUCAUCAAUUUCCAGAAGACGUUUUCCCAUAUAUUCCAGGACUGUUCCAAGGAAUUUGCCCUCGUGCCGGGCCGGCAAGCCCACGCACGGAUGCUAAUAUCGGGGUUCAAACCCACAAUUUUUGUUGCCAAUUGUUUGCUCCAAAUGUACAUCAAAUGCUCUACCAUGGACUGCGCCGGUAAGGUGUUCGACAGAAUGACUGAACGGGACACAGUCUCAUGGAACGCUAUGAUCUUUGGGUAUUCAAUCACUGGAAGAGUAGAAAUGGCUCAGUCUAUAUUCAAUUCGAUGCCCAACAGAGAUGUCAUUUCCUGGAAUUCAUUGAUUUCAGGGUAUUUGCAGAAUGGGAAUUGGUUGAAGUCAAUUGAGGUGUUUGUUGAAAUGUGGAGAGAUGGAGUGGGCUACGACGAGACUACUUUUGCAGUUGUUUUGAAAGCCUGUUCGGGUUUGGAAGACGGCUGCUUAGGCCGUCAAGUACACGGGAGUGUCGUCAAGUCGGGAUUCGAAAAUGAUACGGUGACAGGGAGUGCAGUGGUGAUCAUGUAUGCAAAAUGCAAGAUGUUGGAUGAGUCUCUCUGUUUUUUCGAAGACAUUCAGGUGAAGAAUUGGGUUUCGUGGAGUGCGAUAAUCGCCGGUUGCGUUCAGAACAGCGAGCUUCUUGCGGGAUUAGAGAUGUUCAAAGAGAUGCAGAGGGCGGGCAUUGGAGUUAGCCAAUCGAUUUAUGCGACGGCGUUUAGGUCCUGUGCUGGUUUGUCAAUGUCGAGCCUUGGUUGCCAGCUGCACGGUCACAUCCUAAAGAAUGAUUUCAGGCGCGAUACUGUCGUGGGAACAGCAAUGUUGGAUAUGUAUGCGAAAUGUGGGGAUUUGCAUAAUGCUAGGAAGGUGUUCGAUUUGUUGCCGAAUCAUAACUUGCAGUCGUACAAUGCGAUGAUCACUGGAUAUGUCCGAGGCGAUCGAGGAGUUGACGGUCUGCGGCUUUUUGUAGACUUGAUGAAGUCAGAUCUUCAAUUCGAUGAAAUAACAUUGUCAGGCGCGGUAAGUGCCUGCGCUGCUGUCAAACGACGGUUAGAAGGAAUACAGCUACACGGAAUCGUCUCCAAGAGCGCCUACCGAUCAAGUGUUUGUUUGACGAAUGCUGUUUUAGACAUGUACGGUAAAUGUGGCGCGCUGACCGAUGCUCGUCAAAUAUUUGACGAAAUGGUUGUUAGGGACGCCGUGUCGUGGAAUGCCAUAAUUGCGGCUUGCGAGCAGAAUGAAAACGACGAGACCCUAUUCUUGUUUGCCAGCAUGCUUCAGUCAGGGUUUGAACCCGAUGAAUUCACAUAUGGGAGUGUUUUGAAAGCGUGCGCAGGCUCACAAACGCUGCGAUCCGGGAGGGAAAUCCACGGAAGAGUGGUGAAAUCCGGGAAGGGUUCAGAUCCGUUCAUCGGGAGUGUUCUUGUCGACAUGUACUGCAAGUGUGGUUUAAUGGAGGAUGCCGAGAAGCUCCACGAUAGAUUGAAAGAACAGACGCUGGUUUCAUGGAACGCGAUCAUUUCUGGAUUUUCGACAAAUGAACAGAGCGAAGCGGCCCAGAAGUUCUUCUCACGAAUGCUGGACAUUGGGAUGAAACCGGAUAACUUCACGUAUGCCACAGUACUCGAUACAUGUUCGAACGUGGCGAAUGUGGGGCUCGGGAAGCAAAUCCACGCGCAAAUAAUCAAGCAAGAAUUGCAGCUCGACGUAUACAUCGUGAGUACGCUAGUCGACAUGUAUUCUAAAUGCGGAGAAAUGGAGAAUUCUGUUCUGAUGUUCGAAAAAUCAUCAAACCGCGAUUUCGUUACAUGGAACGCGAUGAUUUGCGCCUAUGCUCAUCACGGCUACGGAUACGAAGCUUUACAGAUUUUCGAAAAGAUGCAGAUAGAGAAGGUGAAGCCAAAUCGCGCGACGUUUGUCGCAGUUCUUCGCGCUUGCGCGCACAUCGGACUAGUAGACGAAGCCCUUCACUACUUCAACUUAAUGCAAGAAAAUUACGAGUUAGAACCGCAUCUGGAACACUAUUCGUCGAUGGUGGAUGUGUUAGGAAGAUCAGGUCGACUCAGCGAUGCGCUGAAACUUAUCGAAGAAAUGCCGGUUGAAGGUGACGAUGUUAUAUGGAGAACUCUUCUGAGUCUCUGCAAGACACAUGGGAAUGUCGAGAUAGCCGAAAAGGCGGCGAAUUCGCUUCUGGAAUUGGAUCCGGACGACUCGUCUGCGUAUGUUCUUCUGGCGAAUAUUUACGCAGAUGCAGAGAUGUGGAGCGAGGUUUCAAAGAUGAGGCGAAAGAUGAGGGAGAGUCGGCUGAAAAAGGAGCCGGGUUGUAGCUGGAUAGAGAUUCAGUCGGAAGUACAUAUGUUUGUCGUCGGAGACAAAGCUCAUCCGAAAUGUGGCGAGAUAUACGGCCGCCUGGAUUCGCUCGUCGAUGAAAUGAGACGAUGCGAAUACGUGCGGCUGCGCGGCGACGGCGACGGCAAUCUUGUGGUAUGUUAAAGAUCUUGUAGUGAAUAAGGAAUUGAAACUAAAAUUUUCUAUUUCAAUUAUAAGAAUAUACGUAUAUAUAUAUUUAUAGUGAUAUAUAAAUCGUCUAAAUAAAACAAAAAUCCUAAGAAUUUGUUAAAUAAGAUAACUAUUA